AUGUUGGGAAUGAAGCCACUGGGGUGUAUCUUCUGGUUACGGAUGCCCCGCGUGGGCGGCAGCAGUGAGAAUCCACACCACAUGCAGGAAGGGCCAUGGGAAAAAGGUCCUGGACUACCCGAGGCCAGCCAGCAGAUCCGCAAAUGCCGAGGAUGGAGGGAAGCAGGCAAGACCCAGGCAGGAAACAUGGGUGACCCCAAGUUCAGGCCCCACCUGCUGGUGGCUCACGCGCUGGGUGGUGUCAGGUCCCUAAGGCAGCUUCUCUAUCCCUGUCUCUUGUAUCUCUCAGUCCCCAGUCUAGGCCAUGGGGUGGCCGUGGGCAUGGAAAGUUCUCGAUGCAGAACUUUCUGGACAUCACCUGGAGGCCAGACUGAAGCAGCCAGCCGGGGAGAGGAGGUCGAAGCCCCUGUGCUGGCCUGGGGGUGGGGACCCAGCCAAGCUGGGGGAAGCAAGAUUUGGGGGGCUACUCCGGGGCUCAUGGCUCCUCUGCUCAGCUUGCAGAUGACGGGCGAGUACUUCUGGUACAAGGGCAUCCCCAUCCCCACCGGCCUCUACUCCCCGGAGAGUGUCAGCUUCGCCGAGAACACGCAGGACGUGAGGGACGAUGACAUCUUCAUCAUCACGUACCCCAAGUCAGGCACCCAUUGGAUGAUCGAGAUCCUCAGCCUGAUCCUGAAGGACGGGGACCCUGCCUGGAUCCGCUCGGUGCCCAUCUGGAACCGGGCGCCCUGGUGCGAGGUCAUUCAGAGCGGGUACAAGUACGAGGACAUGCCCAGCCCCCGGAUGCUGAGCUCCCACCUGCCCGUGCAACUCUUCACCAAGGCCUUCUUCCAGUCCAAGGCCAAGGCGAUCUAUUUGGGGAGGGACCCACGGGACGUGCUGGUUUCGCUCUAUCACUACUACAAAAUUGCCGGGCACUUGAAGGAUCCUGGCAGCCCCGACCAGUUCCUGCAGAAUUUCCUCAAGGGCGAAGUGCAGUUCGGCUCCUGGUUUGAUCACAUCAAGGGCUGGAUCCGGAUGAAAGGCAAAGAGAACUUCCUGCUUCUCACCUACGAGGAACUGAAACAGGACCUGCGAGGCUCUGUGCUUCGAAUCUGCGAGUUCCUCGGGCGGCCGCUGAGCGACGAGGCUCUGAGCUCCGUGAUGGAGCACUCGGCCUUCGGGGCCAUGAAGGACAACAGCAUGUCCAACUUCUCCUUGCUGCCCCGCAGCCUGAUUGACCAGAGCCACGGCAACUUCCUCCGGAAAGGUGUCUGCGGGGACUGGAAGAACCACUUCACCGUGGCGCAGAGCGAAGCCUUCAACAAGGUCUACCGCGAGCAGAUGCGGGGGCUGCCCCGCUUCCCCUGGGACGAGGCCUCCGAAGACGACCCCAGCCCCGAGCAGGCUCCGGGGUCCCCGCACCCGUGACCCCCAGAAUAAAUGCU